AUGGCGACCAUCAAUACGGUGGCCUAUGGGCAGCGCCCAGGGUCUGUCGUUCUGCCGGAGUCCGAGCGUAUGCUAUUCUCCUGCAGCGGAUGCAACGUAUCUAUCACGUCGCAGCCUUCGGCCCUCACAUGGACCGCACGGGGGACAUGCAUGGUCACAUCACAGCGUCUCCUUUUUGUCGCACGUGUGCCCACCACAAGUGAAAUGAAAUCCCUCAGUGUACCGCUUCAUUCCCUCAGCAAUGGACGGUACACUAUGCCGAUCUUAUGGGCGCCUUACUGGCAAGCGACGAUGCUCCUUGAGCAUGUUGGCCACCGUCGCUUCACACACCUCCAACUACAAUUCCACGAGGGGGGAGGCGCACAGUUUCAUAGUAUGCUCACCAAAGCACAGCAACAAUGGGAUAUCGAUCGACGGUACGACGAGUGUCUACCCCCCUAUGCGCCGCCAGGUAUCGAUGCACUAGUCCCGCCGCCACCCACCUAUGACGAGACACAUACCUAA